UGGAAAAUUGACCUUGGAAUAUGGCAAAAAUAAUUCAAAAACUAUUGAAGAUGACAAUUUAACUUCCGAGCAAAGAGAAAUAAAGAGUUUUUUUCAACAAAUUGGCAAAACCAGCCUUAGUCAAAAUGAGGCAAGAGCGAAAGCAGAAGCCGAAGAAAAAGCGUUGCAAAGAGGUUAUCAAGUAGUCUCUUACGAUGCUCGCAAUCAUGGUCUUUCUGGCAAAUCACCCACUACCCUCGGGCAAAUUGAGGCCUGCGACUUACAGGAUAUUAUUGACUAUGUGAAAACAAAAUAUCACCCGGAAAAAAUAGGUCUUUAUGGUUUUUCCAUGGGAGCGGCUACCUUAAUUUUUUGGUUAGGCUAUUUUGCUGGCCCUAGUAAUUCAGAAGUAUCAUUUGCUAUCUGUGAGACGCCCUUUGACCGUUUUACUACCCAGUAUGAAAGAGCCUUGGGAAGCGGAAUAAAUUACUAUUGA